AACAUUUUGAUUCUUGGUUUGGAUUGGUGUUUUCAAGCUAGAACCUAUCUCUGGCAGAUUCAGGAGAAAAGGUUACCAGGUACAGGUGUGGAGGUAAGUCAGGUUGACCUGCAGGGUUUCCAGAGAGAUCUCAGAUCUCUCCGACAACUGGCAGAACUGGCUCCUUGGCUUCAAGAUAGGGUUAGUCUACAAGAGGGUGUAUUGAGGAUAAUGGCUUGUGCUGCUCCUAGCAGAACACAGCAUCUUCUUGAGUACACAGGACUCAGAUUCGCUGUACGCCCUGGGUUAGUUUGUAUGGGUGGGAGGGAGGUGGGUGGUUACCUGGGGGAAUGGGAACACGCCCUCGCUCUUGUCAUGGCGUGCCGGUACCUUCCCAUCCAGCUACUUGCCUCACCUGGAGAGAGAGCAGGAAUGUUGACAGAGGCCGGCCGACUGCUGGAGAGGUUGGGAGAUAAACGUAGGUUUGACGAGGUCACUGCUCUACUCAAAACCUUGCCUACUAACUAUAUGUAAAUAGUGCCAUUGAUAAUGCAUGUAUUCGUUCCU